AUGCCCUCCCUCCAAACGGCACUGAUCGCCCCUCUUGGACAGCUGCACGCUGCACUCUGCUCACUGCGCCAGAGCUUGGUCCCCCAAAUUUUUUUGUCGCUGUCACCCACCCGUCUCGACUCGGUGCUUGCUUUUCUGCCACCAUCCUGCAUCUCAUCAGUCUUCCCUCCCACUUCUUCGCCCAUUGACUCUGUUUUCGAGCUUCACAAUCCUCUCCAUCUUUCCGCCGACCUCGCUCUGUCUGCUGGUACGUUUGUCCAUCCCACUGCACCUGCGAGCUUCCGCGUUGGGUCGUCCUCGGUGGCUUUGUCGUUGACUUCCGUGUCCAUUGGCUCCGCUGCACAUGCGCUCAUCUUUGGCGACCUUUUUCUGACUCGUCCCAGAUUUCGUUUGAUCCUGUCGAAUCCAGACCUCUUCUCCGCCAAUUCUCAUAUCCCACUUCACCGCACACAUCUCCAAACCAUGUCCGCCAAGUCGAUCUUCGAGGCCGACGGCAAGGCCAUCCUCAACUACCACCUCACUCGCGCUCCCGCCAUCAAGCCUAGCCCUCUGGCUCAGCCUACCAAGCACAACGCCCCGGCCAGACUUGCUUCUCUGCACUUCGCUGAGGACGCCAACGUCCAAGACGUUCUCAACCAGGCUGAGGUCACCUACCCUUGGCUCCUCCAGAACGGCGCCAAGUUCGUCGCAAAGCCCGAUCAGCUCAUCAAGCGUCGUGGCAAGAGCGGUCUUCUCGCCCUAAACAAGACUUGGCCCGAGGCCAAGGCAUGGGUUGCCGAGCGCGCUGGCACGGAGCAAAAGGUUGAGCAUACCAGCGGUGUCCUCAGACAAUUCCUUGUUGAGCCUUUCGUCCCCCACCCCCAAGAUACCGAGUACUACAUCAACAUCAACUCUGUCCGCGAUCUGUCGGCUGCUGAGAUUUUAUGUGGGCUCCCUUUUUGGUGUGGUGCCCUCGUAACGUUCAUCCGCCACGGGCGAACGGAUGUCACGAUCAAGAGGGUCCCGGCUCUGCACCACCACCCCUGUCUCGAUGAGCAACGGCGCGACCCGAAGCCCGCAAACGGCGGUGACUGGAUUCUCUUCACCCACGAGGGUGGUGUCGAUGUUGGUGAUGUCGACGAGAAGGCCGAGAAGAUUCUCAUCCCCGUUGAUCUUGCUGAGUUCCCUUCACACCAGGAGCUCGCCGCCACCCUUCUCAAGAAGGUGCCCCAGGGUGUUCACAAUGUCCUCGUCGAUUUCAUCAUGCGCCUCUACGCCGUCUACGUCGACUGCCAGUUCACAUAUCUCGAGAUCAACCCCCUCGUUGUCAUCCCCAACGCCGAAAAGACCUCUGCUGAAGUCCACUUCCUGGAUCUCGCUGCUAAGAUCGACCAAACGGCCGACUUUGAGUGUGGUUCCAAGUGGGCCAUUGCCCGCUCUCCCGCUGCUCUCGGCCUGACCAACAUUGCAGCUGGUGCCGACAAGAUCAGCGUGGAUGCUGGCCCCCCGAUGGAGUUCCCUGCUCCUUUCGGCCGUGAGCUCACCAAGGAGGAGGCGUACAUCGCCGACCUCGAUGCCAAGACUGGUGCUUCCCUCAAGCUCACCGUCCUCAACCCUGCCGGCCGCAUCUGGACUCUGGUUGCCGGUGGCGGUGCCUCCGUCGUCUAUGCCGACGCAAUUGCCUCGUCUGGGUUUGCCGACGAGCUUGCCAACUAUGGCGAAUACUCUGGUGCCCCCACCGAGUCUCAGACCUACCACUACGCCCGUACCGUCCUCGACCUGAUGCUCCGCGCCCCCCUCUCCGACAAGGGCAAGGUUCUCUUCAUCGGUGGUGGUAUUGCCAACUUCACCAAUGUCGCAAGCACUUUCAAAGGUGUCAUUCGCGCUCUCCGCGACUUUGCCCCUCGCCUCAUCGAGCACAAGGUCAAGAUCUGGGUCCGCCGUGCCGGUCCCAACUACCAGGAGGGUCUCAAGAACAUGAAGGCUGCCACCCAGGAGCUUGGCCUCGACGCCAAGAUCUUUGGCCCCGAGAUGCACGUCUCCGGUAUCGUCCCUCUGGCUCUUGUCCCCGGAAAGUGGGAGAGCGGCAACGUUGAGGAGUUCAAGGCUUGA